GUAGCCUCAUAUACGACAACCAGUCUGGUUGUGCUGAUAUGUUUAGACAUGGCUGGCAGCAACUUAUGUUUUGAAACAAGUUGUCCUUACUAUUGUUAAUUAUCAUCUGUGUGUGCCCCAAAUGACUGCUUAUGCAUAACAAUUUCAACAAAAAUAUCUUAUGGUAUAAACAAAAUUAAAAUGGCUUCGGCAGAGGAGUCGCUGUUUUCAUUGGAGCUGGUUGUUGAAAAAUUGUAUUUACCCUAUGUAACCUGCAGAUUCCCUGCAGUUGCUUUUAGACUUCUCGAUUUCCCCACGAUUUUAAUAAGUCAUGUUGAAAAAGGCUUGGCUGAUGGAAUCAAGAGAAAAAUCAGUAUAGAUCCAUACUUCAGGGUGCCAAACCAGUUUGCAGAAUUGCAAGACAAAAAUGGCAAUUUUAUGAUUAAAAAAGGCAAAUCCUGUCUGUUCAAGAUUUCAGUAGAAACUCUGUCUUUGCACUUGACCAAUACACCUCUUUAUAUCAUGGUAAUUGAUGAAUAUCCUGAUGUUCCUAAGUUACUCGGUAACAGUUCUUUAGCACUGAAUGAGGUAAUGGAUGGAAUUAAAGGGGACAUUAAAAAGAAUGGACAUACUGUGCCUUCUGUGCAUGGUGAUAAAGGGCUAUUCAAAAUUUACAGCUUGAUGGGAAAGGAAAUUGGAUACAUGAUAAUGGGCUUCAGAUUACUUAGUCUUGGACCAGGCUUGAUAAGCCAUCUUCCGCCAGAUGCAUUUGCAAAACGCACUUCAGAAAAUCAGUAUGUCAAAACCAAUGAGCAGAUGAAGCCAAAAAAGUCUGUGAUAGAAGAAGUUAUUGAAGCAAAACAACACCAAGAACCUUUAACAGCUUAUCAGAAUGUAAAAAAACAGAAAUUAAAAGAUCUAAAUUCCACAAGGGACAUGGCAAUUAAUACAGAAAUCGAGAAAUGUGAUGUUCUGUUGCAGACAGUUGAAAUGGAGAAAGAAAACAUAAAUAUAGAAUUGAAUGAAAAGGCACAAAAGAUUCUGAAGUCAAUUGAAACUCAAACAGAACAAAGAAAACGGAAUCCAAAAUUUGCAAUGCAAGUCGUUAAAGAAGACAGUGAGAGUGACAAUGAUAUUAUUCUUAAUCCAAAUAUGUAUUUUCCACCCCCACUUUUUUACAACAGCAAAGCCGAACCAGGGGUGAAAAUUGAACGAGAUACAAAUGCAUAUUAUGGGUAUUCAAGUACUUUUGACGAUGCAACUUUAGAAGAUUGGAGUGAAGAUGAGAAUUUAGCAAAAGAAUCAAAAGAAAGCGAUUUUAAGCAGAACGAAAAUAUACCAACAUCUCAAGUUGUGAAGGAAGAGCCGAGGUUACAUGAUGCAAGAACAGUGGUUAUUAGCAACAUCAAAAGUGGAAAUCAAUUUCAAAAUCAGAUGCCAGGAGGUUUAAACUUGGCAGCCCUUGCUUCAUCUGAACCUGUAUUUCCCCUACUUACUGCCUUACUAACAGAACUUUCCAAAAUACAGAACCCGAUGUUUGUAAAUGAAGCUGUGCAGCAAGUUAAUCAAGCAAAGGCAAUGAAAGUUCCACAGAAGGAAAAACAUUCAGUGGUCCAUAGCAGUAGAACUGAAGAAAUCAUUAAAGAUGUAAGUGAUCUGAGUGAAAAUGUGUCACGUGCAAGGCAGAAAAAGAAAGUUAAGAAAACACACAGAGGUUCCUAUCAGCCUGUUGAAGGUGUUCAAAAGAACAAAGGUUGGUUGAGGAAAGAACCAGAAGUAGAGGUUAAAAAGACCAAGUUAGUGUUUGGUCUCACAAACACACAACGACUGAGGCUUGCAAAGCAGAAUCCGAACUGGCUUGAAUCGGCGGAGAAAGAUGAAAAGGCAGUGAAGUUGCAGCGACAGAAACAAAAACAACAAAAGGAGCAGGAGCCAGAUAUAGAGACAGGAAAUUUGUCUGACACUUACACAGAAGUUAGGAGGUUGGCUGCCAAGGAACUGGAGAAAGCCACUCUUGGAAAAAGUCAGCUGGCGGCAGAACAGGUACAUACAAAACGACAUAAGAAGAAAAUGGCAAAGUCCAGGGAUAAUUCUCCAGCUAAGGCUAACAGCUCCAAGUCAAGAAGUAGAUCACCCAAAUCAUCAAAGUCUAAGAAGCUUAAGGGGACUGUUAAGGUUCAAGAUGAAAGUGAUGGAGAGAAGACUGAGGGACAGGAGAAUAACCAACAGGAUGACGAGUACACAAAGCCUGCCAGGGAAAAAAUGGAUUCAGCAGCAGAUAGCAUACCCAGCUCCAGGCUAGAGGUUCACAUCCCAAGUGCAAGAGCUUACGAAAGUGACGACCAUGAAAACACGUUCACAGAUAGCUUCGAGGAUGAGUCUGUUGUGGAACGGAAGGACACCAAUUCAAAAUUCCCUGGAUUUAGUAAAGGUGAUGACACCUUACCUGAGUCAAUCAAGGCUGACGAAGGCAUGUCUCAAAACACAACCAUCGACGACGACUCUCCACUGGAAUCCACACGUCUGUCCCGAAACUUGAAGCAGGCUCCUCAGACUGGGGAAUCUGUCUUCAAGUCAACCGAAGAUUACGAUACCAAACAGUUCCACUCUACAGACGAACCAGAAUUGCAGAAUCUCAUGAGCGGGGAUGAGAAAGGCGACACCCUACCGACCCCAAACACCGAUCGCUCGGUUCGAUCCAAGAGCCCAAGCCUUGGUGGCUACAGCCCCACCAUGACAGCUGGCAGCACAGUCACAAACACCAACAGACUGUCGAUGAAGUUCGAGGUCCUGAACCCGAAAGCGUCACAUCAGUCUCCAAUGCCCUCCUUGCGGAGAUCCCAGCAGUUGAAGGUGGAUAACAUGAACGCCCGACCAACUCCCACUGACACGCCAAGGUCAAGGUCAUCACAAAGCAGUCCUAAGCAACCAACGCCCAGGGCUCGUAAACAGAUGCGAGAAAGGCGGCUCGAGUUUAAGAAGGAGUCCAUUCACACAGAGUCUGUCAGUUCAUACAUGCCGUCAGAAUCUGAGAAUAUUUUGUCGCUCCUCAGCGAUGGCAGUUAUUCGGACGAUUUUCAUAUGAGCAGUGAAAAAGAAGAUAGUAGUAAAGUUUCUAUUCCAGAAUUGCCCAAGAGAAUACCACAGUCAAUGUUGGGCUUCACAAUUCAUUAAAUUUAGGUUUUAGAAGUUAAAUAAGAUUUAAAAGGAAAUUUCAUUUCAUAAUAUUUAUUUUCUGAAAAUUGUAUUGCUUAGAUGGUAUUUAUGAUUUUUAGCUUGGCUGUUUUCGGAGAAAACCCGAGGUAUUGUCAUAGCCAGCUCGUCGUCCGCCGUGCUAAAACCUUGACAUUUUCCUCAAACAUCAAAGUGCUUUCACCUACAACUUUGAAACUUCAUAUGUAGAUGCACCUUGAUGAGUUCUACACGCCACAGCCAUUUUUGGGUCACUAGGUCAAAGGUCACUGUGACCUCUAAAAAAAAAUAUAAAAAUUCUGACAAGCUUUCGCAGCCGAGCGUGGCACCCGUUAUGCGGUGCUCUUGUUCAUAAUCAUAACCUGUAAAAACAACCUUGGAUUUAAGCUAUUUAAUUAUUCAAAAAACACCGCUCUUAGUCUAAGUAAAUUAUAUGACAGAGAUAAACUUAAUUUUAUCGUCUUUUUAGCUCGGCUGUUUUCGGAGAAAACCCGAGGUAUUGUCAUAGCCAUCUCGUUGUCCGCGCUAGAACUUUGACAUUUUGUCAAGGUUUUUAACAUUGGCUCUAAAACCAAAGUGCUUCUACCUACAACUUUGAAACUUAACAUGUAGCUGCACCUCGACUAGUUCUACACGCCACACCCAUUUUUGGGUCUCUAGGUCAAAGGUCACUGUGACCUCUUAAAAAAAAUUAAUCUGACAAGCUUUCGCAGCCGAGCGUGGCACCCGUUAUGCGGUGCUCUUGUGAUUAAUUUGAUACAGCAAAGUGUAGUGUAAAAUUAUUUUCUAGUGUCUGUUUUCAGGCAUAGUUUUAGCUCCUCUUGAGCUCUGCAUUGUAAACCAGAAAAAUCCUCUAUAUUGGUAGCAGGGGUUUUUAACCAGGUUUUCCGAAGGAAAAAACUGGUUAUUAGAUUGGCGAAUGCGGGCGGGCUGGCUGGCUGGCGGGCUGGCGGAAUAAGCUUGUCCGGGCCAUAACUAUGUCGUUCAUUGUCAGAUUUUAAAAUCAUUUGGCACAUUUGUUCACCAUCAUUGGACGGUGUGUCGCGCGAAAUAAUUACGUCGAUAUCUCCAAGGUCAAGGUCACACUUUGAGUUCAAAGGUCAAAAAUGGCCAUAAAUGAGCUUGUCCUGGCCAUAACUAUGUCAUUCAUUGUGAGAUUUUAAAAUCAUUUGGCACAUUUGUUCACCAUCAUGGGACGGUGUGUCCCACGAAAGAAUCACGUCAAUAUCUCCAAUGUCAAGGUCGCCACGACUAAAAAUAGAUUUAAAAAAAAAAAAAAACUUACAAAGGGGGUUAAUUUUUUUUGGUCAUUUCAAAAGUUCAGUUUGAGUUUUCUCCCUUUAUCAGAUUUUUUUUUCACAAUGAAAACCUGGUUUUGUGACAAUUUUGUCCCUUGUUUCCCACUUUUUGGGAAGAUAGCCAAUGGCUUUGGAAUUGGGAAUUUUAUCAGCAUUUUCAUGAAAUUGGGAAAAUAAAUUCAUUAGCCUUUUUUUCCACACGAAAAGUCCUCUGAUUAGGGAAAUACUAAAUUUGAUUUAACUCUUUAUAAUCAUUCAAAUUAAAAGCAAAAAAAUCAUAUAAUACUUUGUUAGAUGUUAUUGAAUUAAAAUUGAGAUAAAAUACACAUAAGACUUCUUUCUAAAAAAACAAAAAAACAAUUUUUUUUAUUUUUUUUGGCAGUUGGGAAUUUUUUGCCACAUUUUGGGAAAAAAGUAUACUUUUUGGGAUUGGGAACAUAGCCGAAUUUCGGCUAUAAAAUCGGGCCAAAAAAAAACCCUGGGUAGUUUACAUUGAAAUGAUGUCUGACCCGGGUUUUUAUCCUAAAUUUGUGUACAAGUUAAUUGAGACACAUACAAGUUUUACUUGAAUUCUUAAAUUGUAUCAACUUAUUUCUCUAUUAAAUUAUUUCCAGUUUGUCAAGAUUUAUUGGUGACUGGCCAAGAUCAAGCCUUCUUACCUUAAUUUGACCCCAUCUCUAAAAAGUUAUUUGUGUUGACUGUGCAAAUAUAUUACCAAAGAUAUGGCAGUUGCUUUUUUCAAGAAAUGUUAUUGUUAUUAUUUGAUAGAAAUAUUGAUGGCAUAAACUUUUUUUUUAUAUACUUUGGACAUUUCCUUCACAUUACAACCCUUCCUGAUAUCUACAUCACAGCCUUGUGUGUAUGCACAAUGUUUUCUAUUUCACUGUGCUUUAUUCUGCAUGGAAAUCAAUUCUGACAACAAAUACCGUAGUGUAGACAUGAUCACAAGUUUAAGUAGUGCAUUUUCUCUUACUUAAUUGAAUUCUUUUUGAAGUUUCAGAAAGAACUGAUUUUAAAUUUGACAUUCAAUGCUGUUGCCUAAAUGUUUGCAAGUUGUUUGUAUGUUAGCACAUGAAAUUGAUUGUUUUAUAUGAUUGUGCCGGAUGGAUAUUUUUAAAGCAAACUGUGAUAUAAUUUCAUGUAUUAAAAUUAUUUUUAGUUUA